UCUGUUUGCACCCGCUUCUGCCGGGGCUGUCAAUCAACAGACGCAAGAGCUACUGCAGGUGCAAAGCUGGGCACGGGGCUAGGCGCUGCUGAAGCCGAGGAUAAAACGCACAUUUCAUGAUGGCGUCUGCAAAUGCCACAUACGGACAGAAGGAGUCCACGGACCAGAACUUUGAUUACAUGUUUAAAAUCCUCAUCAUUGGCAACAGCAGCGUAGGAAAGACUUCCUUCCUUUUCCGCUACGCAGACGACUCAUUCACGCCAGCCUUUGUCAGCACAGUGGGCAUCGACUUCAAGGUCAAGACCAUCUACAGGAAUGACAAGAGGAUAAAGCUGCAGAUCUGGGACACUGCUGGACAGGAGCGCUACAGGACGAUCACCACAGCGUACUACAGGGGAGCCAUGGGGUUCAUCCUCAUGUAUGACAUCACCGUCGACUCAGAUCAAGACAUACUCAUGGGACAAUGCCCAGGUCCUCUUGGUGGGGAACAAGUGUGAUAUGGAGGAUGAGCGGGUGGUGGCUGCAGAGAGGGGCCGGCAGCUGUCAGAACAGCUAGGUUUCGAAUACUUUGAAGCGAGCGCUAAAGAUAACAUUAAUGUGAAGCAGACCUUCGAGCGGCUGGUGGACAUCAUCUGUGAGAGGAUGACAGAGAGCCUGGACAACAACGACCCGACUGUCACUGGCGCUAAGCAGGGGCCACAGCUCACCGAGCAGCCUCAGAGGUCCCAUCAGGAUUGUGCUUGCUAAGCAUGACCACACACUCACACACGAUCUGCUGUCCUAAAAUCCACACACCGUUUCUCUUUCUCAUUUGCGCGUACACAAAUACACAUAUUACAGACAAACACUGCCAUACAGAGACACACAACCUGGCUGCUUAGGUUCUCCACCCCUCUCAAUACACCAAGAGCUCCGUCCACAUGAGCCGGCUCUCCCCAAAGAUUUGGUGUUUUCCAAAAUAUCAUCUUAAAGUUUUUGUUCAUUUCAGUAAUACAGAGAUUAUGUGAUAGUGCUAACUUAGUCAAAGGACUGAAGAACAUAUAACAGAGGAACAAUCCCAAGUUGUCUUUAUCUUUCUUUUUUACACACUAUAAUGUAUCUUAACAGAAUUAUAUAAGGCCAGUCAAGGCUCCAUCGUUCCUCAUUGACGGGUCUGCAAUUGGGUUUUUACUUAAAAGGCUGUGGAGGGGAAUAUUGGAGGGAUCCUCCAACCCUAUCCCCCACACAGCACUAACACCUGGGACCUAAAUGGAUACAAAUCAGCUGUGUUACUUUUAGUCCCAUUGAAAGUAUAUGUUGGUUGCUGUGGAUAGAGAAUUUUUUUUAACGUUUAAGUUGUCGGGUGUGGUUUUGAGCAUGUGAAAUUGCUUGUCCUUCCCAGUGUUGUGGUUUGUACUGAUAGUUGCGGUCCACGUUUGACGUCCAAACAGAGUCGUUUGAAAGAUUGUUUUUCUUUUAAGUUUACGAAUGAAGAAUAGACAUGCAUAUCAGUUUGCUAGUCAAGUUAUCAUCCUUCUUAGAUCCUUUUAAUUUUCUUUUAGGGAAAUCCCACGGCAGUGUCAGUCACUUGGUUGGUCCAGAUGAAGGAUGGCCUUUGGCUGUUCCUUGAUUUGACUUUUUUUAAACUAUUUUUUUAAGACAUACAACGGAAUAAAAGGAUAAAAGAUGUCUUUCACCACAUGAAGAAGAGUGUAUAAAUGUUCAAAAGUCAAUAGAUAUGCAUUUUAUAAUGCAUAUAUAAUAUAUAUAUAUAUAUAUAUACACAUAUAUAAUUGACAUAUUAUACAAUAAUAAUGACUUAGGGAUUUUGGAUUCCUACCUGUGCUUUAGUGAGAGGUGCAUGUUGUUGAUGUUUUUAACAGUGUCUGGUUGACUGGAUGGUUAUUUGUAUGAGCUGUUGUCUGAAUUGAAAACCCAUCUGUCCUGUAGGUUCAGUACUUGGAGGUAUCAAAUGGGGUUAAAGGUUUCACAUGUGGCCCCUUGUCAUUGUAUUAGCUUUCAUUCACUACAUACAGUGUGCAACAUACACUCACUGGAUAGGCAUGUGAUUCAGUGUAACACUGGUAUACCACAGAUCUCCCAUCAACUUAACGUCUCUUAUGUCAUUGGUAGAUGAUAUUUUCAUCUUUACUUUCGGGGGAACAUGAUGUUUUUAAGCAUGUUAAAUGUCAAAUUGUGAGUUUUAUUUCUCUCUCGGAUUUGUCUGCUCGUGUAUACAGUACAAAACCUUCUGUAUGUCUUGCAUUCACUGAUGAACUGAGGCAUGCAAAAAUAUUUCCAUCACCUAAGUUAUUUCCAAAAUGUAACUUAUUUAUUUUGUAUUACUUACUUUUUAUUUAUUUUUGAGAUAUUGUCCUUCCUAGAUUAUGCAUUGCAAUCUGCACUCUACUUUUUAAAGAGAUGUUCAAUAGUAUUCAAUUGCUUCAACUGUCCCAGCUUUUAAAAGAGAAUUUAUUUGUUUACAUGGAAUAUAAAGAUUAAGAUGCUUCCUCAAAAGGAAAGUUAAACAUUCCAGUGUGAGACUCUCUUAUCAUGUCAACGCAGCUUUGCUGGGAAGUUUGUUUGUCUUUUGAUAUCAGUUAUGUAACCUUUAAGACGUGAUCGUGUAAAAGCAGACUGUUCUCACAGAGCAAUAGCAGUUCCUUCUCUCCACACCCAAAUAUCAGCAACGGACAACCCUGCCGAAGGUUUGUAAUACACGUGCUGUACGCGGGCGUGUGAAUGUACAGUUUGUAUAAAGGCAGUCUUAAUAAUGGUUCUUUCCAAAGAAAUCUCGACAAUAAAUUUAGAGCCAAAAAGAGCGCUUGUUCUUGUCGACAUUUGUUAGACUUGCACUAACAAACUUGUCUGGUAGUGUUUUCCUACUCUGUGUAGUAGAUUCAAAAAGGGAAAAUGUUUUGGAAGUAAACUGAAUUCUCUGAACACUUCAUUAAAUAAUGAUUCUUACUGCAUUGGUUCACUUUUGACUUGUUUGUUGAUUUUUGUUACUUUAUUUAUUGUGUUUUGCUACAGCUGUAAACUUUGAUGGUGACUUAGGAAACACUUAUAAAACCUGUUCAACUCUCCUCCUCCGUCCCUCCCUGUCAUAAACAACCCUUGUAAAUAGGAAUUUUCUGCCCAUUGGGCAUUAGUUGUGUGAAUUGUGCUGUAAUUCUGUAAUGCCAGAUUUGCUAAAAUGAGGAAUCAAUAAACAAAAUCUGAAAGCUGUA